AUCCAUGGUAAUAUCAACGAGCCUAGUCAAGACCGUCGAGCCUUGUCUAAGCCCAUGCUACGUCAUCAUAUCAAACGUCGGCUACUACUCAGGGCUGCGGGCGCUCUGAUUGGCGUUCCCGAAGGAACGGACAUUUCCUCUCGCUUUAAGAACCGAUGACGGCUCCAUCUUCCGGCGCUAAACCUUUGGACUCUGCUCUGACAGUCAAAUGGCCUCCACCUCAUCAUCUCUCCGUGCUCUUUCCCGUACCGCACGAGCUACUCCAAGGUUACUAGCCAAAAAGCCAUUACAGACUGCAACCUAUUCGUUGUUGGCGCGUCAACAGCAGCCAGCGGUAGCAAAUAAGCGGGUUCUUGCUACUAGAGGGUUGAAGACGCUCGACUUUGCUGGUUCAAAAGAAGUCGUGUACGAGCGCAGUGAUUGGCCUCUUGCAAAACUCCAAAACUACUUCAAAAACGACACCCUCGCUCUCAUUGGCUAUGGCUCACAAGGACAUGGUCAGGGCUUGAAUGCUCGUGAUAACGGCAUCAAUAUCAUCAUCGGCGUUCGCAAGGACGGAGAAAGUUGGAGACAGGCAGUAGAGGAUGGAUGGGUACCCGGAGAAUCACUUUUUCCUAUCGAGGAAGCCAUCGACAGGGGUACAAUCAUCAUGAAUCUACUAUCAGAUGCAGCACAAUCAUCAACAUGGUCUCAGAUCGCACCUCUCAUCACGAAAGGCAAAACCCUCUACUUCUCACAUGGAUUUUCAGUUGUGUACAAAGACGAUACCAAGGUGAUCCCUCCAAAAGAUGUCGACGUUAUUCUAGUAGCGCCAAAAGGAUCCGGUCGCACUGUCCGGACCCUCUUCAAGGAGGGCAGAGGCAUUAACUCCAGUGUCGCAGUUUUCCAAGACGUGACUGGCAAAGCAAUGGAGAAAGCUGUAGCUAUUGGUGUCGCUAUCGGCUCUGGUUACAUGUACGAAACAACCUUUGAGAAGGAGGUGUACUCAGAUCUGACUGGUGAACGUGGUGUGCUCGCAGCCGCUAUCCAGGGUUUAUUCUGUGCACAAUACAAAGUGCUUCGUGCCAACGGCCAUUCGCCCUCAGAGGCAUUCAACGAAACCGUCGAAGAAGCCACCCAAUCUCUGUAUCCCCUAAUCGGAGAAAAAGGCAUGGAUUACAUGUUCAACGCCUGCUCGACCACCGCUCGACGAGGUGCCCUUGACUGGGCGCCGAUCUUCGAGGACGCAAAUCGUCCGGUGUUCGAGAGGCUUUAUGAAAGCGUAAAGAACGGCACGGAGACGCGUAAAGCGCUCGAAUUCAACGGGCGCGCCACUUAUCGCGAAGACUUGGCCAAAGAGCUGAAAGAGAUUGACGAGCAGGAGAUCUGGAGAGUCGGAAAGGUCGUCCGUUCGUUACGCCCUGACUACAAACCAGAGUAAAAGCCUGAUGAUGAUCUGAUCCUGUUUGUUCGGUAUUCACAAAAAAAAAU